AGGCCGGGCGGCCCCGGGGUCUCCCACUUCCCGCUCGGGGCGGCGGCGCAGCGAAUGGACCAGGAGCUCAAAGGCAGCCUGGGAUCUCCCAAUGGGGUGGUUUUGCUCCAGAAUCACCUUCCCUGUGAGUUGCCUGAUCCUGGUGUGGGCAGCAGGUGCUGGGAGUGUGAAAGUCUCGCACGAGCCCACCUGCCUCACUAACUACAUCGACUCCUCUUGUGAGUGGAAGCUGGAUGGCCCCACCAACUGCAGUGCUGAGUUUCACCUGUCCUACCAGCUCAAAUACAUGGGCUAUGAAAACCACACGUGUAUCCCCAAUAACAAAGAGGACUCAGUGUGUGUGUGCCAGAUUCUGGCCGAAGACAGCAUUGCUGGGGCCGACGUCUACGAGCUGAACCUGUGGGCUGGGAGGCAGCUGCUGUGGAGCAGCAACUUCACACCCAGCGAACAUGUGAAGCCGCUGGCCCCCGAGAACCUCACUAUUCAUGCCAACACCUCCGACAAGUGGGUGAUGACGUGGAGCAACCCGUAUCCCCCCAGCAACUACCUAUAUUCCGAGCUCACCUACCUGAUCAACAUUUCAAAUGAAAACGACCCCACAGAUGUCAAAAUCUUACCUGUGACCUACAAGGGGGACACCCUGCACUUCCCAGCCAGCCUUCUGAAGCCCAGGGCCUCCUACAGUGCCCGGAUAAAGGCCCAGGCUGAGAUUUACAACAGCCAAUGGAGCGACUGGAGCCCCAGCGUCAGGUGGCAUAAUGACUUCCAGCCACCCCUGGAGCAGACCCUCCCGAUCGGCAUUGGCAUCGCCUGCUCACUCAUCCUGUUCGUCUUCGUGUCCUGCUAUUUCAGCAUCCUCAAGAUUAAGAGAGACUGGUGGGACAAGAUUCCCAACCCGGCCCGCAGCCCCCUGGUGGCCAUCGUCAUCCAGGAUUCUCAGGUAUCCCUGUGGGGGAAGCAAGCUGGAGGCCAGGAACAAGCCAAGUGUCCACACUGGAAAACUUGUCUUACCAAGCUCCUGCCCUGUUUACUGGAGCAUGGCAUGGCAAGGGGUGAGGACGCCCCCAAAGCUGCCAGGAAUGGGCCUUUCCCGGGCCCUGGAAUAUCAUUGUGGCGCCCUGUGGAGGUCAGCAAGACACUUGUCUGGCCAGAGAGCAUCAGCGUGGUGCGGUGUGUGGAGCUGCUGCAGGCCCCAGAGGAGAGUGAGGAGGAGGUGGAAGAAGACAAAGGGAACUUCUGUCCCACGCCAGAGGACAGCGGGGGCAGCUUUCUGGAAGGCAGAGAGGAAAUCGCAGCCCGGCUGACAGAAAACCUGUUCCUGGGCCUCCUGGCGGAUGAGGACUGCGCCUUGCACCCCCAGGACUCGGAGGGGUCCUGCCUUCCUCCACCUUCAGGAAGUGUGGGUGCUCAGACGCCCCGUCUGGGGGUCCCCAGUGAGGGGCCCCAGGACACCUCCCCGAGCGAGGGGCCUGAGUCAGAUCUCCAGGCCACCGGACUCCAGAGCCCAGACAGCGUGACUUUCGCAGCGGUGCCCACCGUCGUCACAGACAACCCCGCCUACCGCAGCCUCAGCGGCUCCCUCAGCCAGCCCCCGGGGCCUGGUGUGCCCGCCCCAGGCCCCCAGCCUGUGUGCCCUGGGGAGGUGGGCCACACCCCCCCCUCUGCCCACCAGCCCUCAGGGCCACUCACCGCACUCCAGCCUGAGCCAGAAACCUGGGAGCAAAUCCUCCGCCAGAGUGUCCUCCAACACAGGAUGGCCGCCCCUGCCGCCGGCCCCCUCAAUGACUACCGGGAGUUUGCCCGGGCGGUGGAGCAGGGCGGCACCCAGGACGGUGGUGGGGCAGGCGUUGGCCCUGCCCCGGAAACUGGCUAUAAGGCCUUCUCCAGCCUGCUCUCCGACAGGGCCACCUGCCCAGGGACAUCGGGGGUGGAGGGCAGCUAUGGGGACAGAGGCUACAGCCCUCUCCAGAGCCGCACUCCUGGCGGCCCUGAGGCCUCUACCCCAGUCUCCGUCCCCCUGUUCACCUUCGGACUGGACGAGGAGCCCCCUCUUGGUCCUCAGCACUCACACGCCCCAAGCAGCUCUCCAGAGUGCACCCACCUGGAGCCUGUGGAAAAGGGAGAAGACAGCCAGAAGCCCCCAUGUGCCCCGGAGCAGGCCACAGACCCCCUGAGGGAUGACCUGGGCAGCGGCAUCAUCUACUCGGCCCUCACCUGCCACCUGUGUGGCCACCUGAAGCAGUGCCACGGCCAGGAGGAGCAGGGUGACGCCCACAUUGUGGCUGCUCCCUGCUGUGGCUGCUGCUGUGGGGAUAGGUCCUCACCCCCAGUGAGCCUCCUGAGGGUCCCAGACUCCCGGCCAGGUGGGGUUCCCCUGGAGGCCAGCCUCUCUUCUGUACCCUUGGGUGGCCCAGAGGAGGGUAAGCCCUCCUUGCUCAGCCAGCCUGCCCCAGGCAAUGCUCAGAGCCCCAACCAGACCCCCAAAAUGGUGGCCAUGCGCGCCACCAGGCCCGCCUGUGUGACCACCUCCUAAGUGUGUGCCUUCGUGUUGCUGAGGCCUGCAGGCGAGCCCCGGGCCUCACCCAUGCCCAUGGAAUGCAGUCAGGCUGGCAGAUUCCCAAGACUUGGGGCUACAGAGACCAGAUCUCCCUAUUCCCCACUGGUCUGGACUCCCUGCAUCCGGUGGGAGGGGACGGUCGUGGGCAGCCGUGCCCACAGCAGGCGCCUGGGAGAGCCGAGGCUCCGGGUCCCUCAGUUCAUUCAUCUGAGCACAGCUUCUCCCGUGCGUCAUCACCACCACGGCUGCCCAAGGCGUGACUGGUCGUCUAAUCACUGACCAGUGUGUGACCAGUCCUGGGGUCACUGCCACCAUUUCACCGGACUGGACGCUGAGCCUGGAACCAGCCACGCCGGCCAGGAAUGACUUGGGAGGCUUUGGGAAGCAGUGGGAAGCCGAGGGCCAAGAAGGGGGACAUCCGCCCAAGGGGCCCAGUCACUGACAGUGCUCAGGGGGCUGCUGCUGGAGGCAGGAUCUGGGCCAUGGGGGUGCCGAGUCAAGGUGGGGGGGAGGGGCGGAGCAUGCGAAAAGGUGACUUCCAACCAGUGACAGUUUGCUGUCAGGUUUCCCGUCAAAUAUAAGACUUGUGUUCCUGUUACCCUUGGGACCCUCAGAGUAGACACGCCCAGCUGCCUUGGGGUUUGUGUCCCAUGGACACCGUGACUGGCAGCCACAGGAGACCAGGGAAAGUGCAUCCGGCUGGGCAGGGCCCUCUAGCCCGAGACACCGGGGCUAUAGCCUGAGUGGGCCGGACUGCAGGUUGAGCAAUGCUUGUUUGCUUCUGUAAGAUUGUCUUAUCACCUGGCAUUUGUGUUUGCUGAGGAGAUGGAAAGGGAGGGGGUGAGAUUCUGUAUAAACAAAAGCUCUUUAUACCCCCCCCCAUUUAUUAAACAAACACAUGAGCAGG